GCUCGCCACACGAUAUCUAAUAACUACCGUUCUCUUAAAUGAAGGCUUCAGAGGCAUCCAACAAAAAUUGACCCUUUGCGUGCAGGGUGAGCUGAAACUCGACUCUGUGCUCCCCAUUGAGAGCACCACUGAUCAUCAUGGCGACCAUCACCGAACACUACGUCGUCUAUGCGGACAACAAAAGGAUUCACUACCUAGCGGCGGGCCCAGUUUAUGGACCACUGGUUCUCUUCAUUCAUGGCUGGCCUGGAACAGCAAUCACCUGGAAGGCGCAAAUUGAUGCCUUCGCGUCCGUGGGCUUCCGUGCGAUUGCGCCUGAUAUGCCAGGAUACGGGAAAUCGACCGCCCGCCGUGUGGUCGAUGACUACAGCCAAGAGGCCCUUGUGGAUGGUAUGAUGGCUUUGCUAGCCGAUACGGGCCGCAAUGCAGCGAUCUGGGUUGGUCAUGACUGGGGCGCGGGCGUAACAUCCUCCGUCGCGACACAGCACCCCGAGGCCAUUAAAGCACUGGUGAAUCUCUGUGUGCCAUUCCACACCAUCGAGCGCGGCUGGUCGGGCUUCCUCCCCCUUGUAAAUCGCGAUUACUACCCAGCAGACAAAUAUGAAUUCGGCCAGUGGGACUAUAUGAAGAACUACGAGGAAAACUUCGAAAAGACCAUCGAAUGGUUUGAUAAGGAUGUUGCGGGCUUCUGCAAAGCCGGUUUGCAACCAAGCAAGCCUCCAGCUAGCCGUGUUGAUCCGGUCAUGGCCUCCGUGCGCAAGAAUGGCGGAUGGUUGGGUGGGAUUCCGAAGCCACCGAGUGUGGACGUGACAGGGCCUCCGGCGCUCCCUGAGGAUGUCUUCGACUCUUUUGUUCGAGAUAUGCAGAAUACCGGGUUCUGGCCGGGUUCUGCAUAUUACCUCCAUCAUGCGCGCAAUGCGGAAUACAAUGGGAAGCGUGAGGGGAAGCUGAGCCAGCCAGUCUUGUUUAUCCAUGCCGCGCGGGAUUUGGUGUGUGAGACCAAAACAUCGCGCCUCAUAGAGCCAAUGAGAGAUUCGUGUAGGAAUUUGACGGAGUGCACGAUUGAAGCUGGACACUUUGUGCACUAUGAAAAGCCAGAGGAGGUACAAGCUGCCAUUUUCAGAUUCAUUGUUGAAGAGCUCCCGACGGAGUGGCCUGGUUUCUGGACUGCCGGGUACACUAAGAAGAUAUCGGUUGUGUAAGCUAUGAUACACUAGGGUCUCCUAUGAGAUUGAAAGCGGGAUGCUUAAUGGAAGAGUUCAGUAGCCUUCCAUUGUGUGCCUAUAUCUUUUACUGGUCACUUGGUGAGCUCGACAGAUCCAAGGCUUAACAUACAUGGACGGAUGAGAGAUGAGCUAUAUGUGUUAGAGUCGAGGAUGCUGAAAAUAUAUCUUAAUUUCAGACUCACUCUAUGAAUAAACUCGGUAGUUGCCUUUCCACCAUUAAAGCAUUAGACUGCAU